AUGGCUCUGAAUCAUCAUCAGCCAAAGGUGGACCCUGUGAGAGAUGGAUUCACCAGCCAUGCCGUCGGAGAAAUUGAUGCUUCUUCGUAUCAGGUGCCGACUACUACAUCCAAGGAAAACCCAUAUCCCGAGACACAUACCGACAACAUCUGGCAAGAGACCGACUACUUUCCGACUUACGAUCAUGAUCUCAUCAGCAAACACUCCCGCGCCUCGCUCGCCUCGACAUCUAGACGGAGCUCAGCUGCUCCCAGCAUCUUUUCGACUGCUGGCCUAAGAAUCUCAACUGCCUCGACGGCAUACUCACGAUAUUCGGUUCGACAACACUCCCUGGACUCGGCGGACCCUAAUUUGUCUGCAACACCUUGUAGUUCUGGGAAAUGCGAUGACGGCUUCAACACCGACGACUACCCGCCUCGCUAUCAUUGCACAUUUUGCGAUGCCAUGUUUGCGUGUCCCGGCCAGUGGAGGGAUCACGAACUCAGGGAUCACGACAGACCCGAGGAGCAUCUGUGCUCCAUUUGCCACGAUUCUUUCUCUGAUCGACCAUCUCUUGCAUCCCAUUAUCGAGAUAUUCACAAUCUUUCUUCUUCCCCAACGACUCAACACAUAGUCAAGCUACCCACAAGAGGAGCUUGGGGAUGUGGAUUCUGCGGUGCCUUCGUGCAGUCGCGUCCUGACUACCUAGAUCACGUCGGCCGGCACUGCGAAGAAAGCAUGCAAGGAGCCCAUUGGCAGCAUUCCUCUGUGAUUCGUGGCCUUUUAAAACAGCCAAAGAUAGCGGAAGCAUGGAACCGCCUGGUUACAAAUCAAGAGCGGGAUCGAGGUACCAGGUUGCAUUUUACGUGGGAUGAACAGGCAACCGGACGACACGCGGCCACGGAGGCUGACGGCGCCCGCAAUCCCUCUCGGUUACAAGACAUACUUGAGUUCUUCGCAAACAGCUCUUCGGACCCCCAGUACAUCGCGCAAUAUGCCUUUGACACGGCUCAUAUCAGAACCGAACAGAACGUCAAUAGUCUCGUCAAGGCGUACUACUCUCAUGGCUUGCGCCCGUUGCCGGAGAGUCCAGGUGACAUCACUUCACCUCGAGUUGAUGGAAUGAGCUACCCAAACCUCGAGCAGUGCGCGCCCCAAAUCAGUUCUAAAAAAUCAGACAAUCCUGUACCGGCUGAAUGUUCAUUUCCUGUGUCAUUCGCGGGGGCAAUUUCUACUGCAGCGUUUCUUUCGCAAGCAACUGUCGUCGAAUCUGGACUAAGUCCCGCUUGGGACCCCUACGCUCGCACCCAAUCAUCCCAGGCAAGCCAGGAUCGAGAAACGGGCAUUGCACCGCAUCACACAAACUCGCCCAACACCACAGAGAGCGCUCCUUCUCCUGUGACAAUGACCAAAGCAUUUUUACACAUGAAGUCGACUCCAUCACCAAUACGAAAAGGGCUGCGUCGGAUAGAUAGCGAUAGACAUCUUGAUGCUCUCAAACCUGGAACUGUGGACUUGGACCGAGGGGAAAAUAUCCAACGUCCACGGACUGCUUUGGCCUCAGAUUACACCAGAGCCCCAAUUGCAGUAUCUGUGGAACAUGGCGUUGAGGCCAGUCAGCAACCCUCUCUUUCAGAUGCUGUGCUUAAAACUGCUCCCAUGAACAGCGUCGUUCGCAAGGACUGGCUGCUUGUUUCAAAGCCAGGAAGCCGCUCUUCCAUUGGGUCACCGUCUGUCUCGAGCAUGCGAUCUGAUAUUACCAGGAAAGGAUUCUUGACCCACGAUGAUAGCACUAGUGAACAUGUCUCAGAUGACAGUCUAUCUGAUCCAGACCUCUGGGCAGAACACGACAUCGGCGAUGACAACAGCAGAGCUUGGAGCAAAGCGUAUCAGCAGGCCAUCAACAUGGCGCUACAACGACUCUGGUCCCAGUAUAACCACAAUUGGGAUGCAUUAAUCAGAUCAUGUGUUGGAAGUGCAGGGAGCAGCAACACCGACAGAAUGGAUCCAUAUCGAGCGAGAAAAGCCACACCGUCCCGGCGAAAGCCGGACGGAAGCCUUCGACCUCCGAGUUCACGGCGGACCUCCGACGACGAUGACGAUGACGAUGAUGAUGACGGUAGUCAGCUCUCGCCUUAUGCUUCCAGGCCUGGGUCCGCAACAUCGAAGAGAUUUGCUUGCCCGUUCCGUAAGCACAAUCCAGAAAAGUACAACCGUGUGGAUUAUGAUAUUUGCGCCAACAAGGACUGGCCGACCAUUCCAAGGCUAAAGGAGCAUCUCUAUCGGAGACACUACAAGAUCCAUUGUCAACGGUGCAAGCAAACUUUCAGCGAUGCGAGACAGCUCACGAUUCACGAGAUGGCCCCAGAAGCUUGCGAACUCCUCGAUGUCAAACCGCCUGGAGACAUUACUACAUCACAGGAAAGGCAGCUCAAGUCCAGGAAGCAUACAUAUCGGCGCCAAAGCGACGAAGAAAAAUGGAGAGAGAUUUAUCGACUGCUGUUCCCCAACGAUAUUGUACCGUCACCUUAUCCCGAAUACGCAGAGGAUUUCCAGCCUAUGGGAGCCGAGUCUCGCAACGUUCUCGAAUUCCAACACUACCUGUUGACGGAAAUGCCCCGGCUUUUCACGCAAGCGGCCUACGAGUACGCUGGACAACACAUACAAGAACAAGUACUGCUACGGAUUGACGACGUCAACAAGAUCAUCGAAGAUACUUUGCAACAGGCCUACGACACAUGGACAUUACAAGGACGUCUGCUUCCGCCGAACAUCAGCCCAUCCAUCUCAAUGCGCGAGUUCCCGGCUGCACCGGCUACACAGGCCGGGCAUUUGAGCAGCAUGCCAUCGACAACCUGGUCCGAAACAUCUAUGCCACUUCGUCCAUACAUUCAUGAGCAGUCAGCUGCUCCUCUGUUGCCCAAUACUUCUGCUCCAGAGUAUACACUCUUCUCAGUGGCAUCUGAAUUGGACGCGAUGCUGUCGCUCGACGACAUCGAUAUCCCUGUUUCCAAUCCGGUUGGGGUUGGAUCUACACCAAGUUACACGGUCAAUGACUACAUGACGACGGGGCCUGAUGUGCAGUAUACUGGUGUCGGCUUUUUUCCUUAUGGUAAUGAUACGGGCGGAAAUCAGAAUUGGUUCUAA